CCGAUCCAUAUAUGCACGUGCAUUCAGGUCAGGGCCGGGCGUUCGUCAGGCCAAGAAAAGCAAAGACGCCAAGAAAGGCAAACGGGAGCGAGCGGGCGUGGCAGCACCACCGGCGGCGGCGCCCCUUCCCCACCCCGCACCCUCCGCCAUGAGCUACACGGAGCGCCUGCUCUACACCAGCAGCCCGCGCCACCCUGGCAUUUUUGCCCCCGGCACCCCCACGGCCACACCCGACAUGGUGGCAGCGGAUGAGUGCGACGGCGACGAGGCCGGCGCGCUGGUCGCCGCCGCCUGCACCGGCACCGGCACCGAUACCGGCUCGACCCAGGACGCGCCGGCGGUGCGGUCCCCGCGCGCCGCGUGGGCGCUGUUCGUGGAGGAGUCGCGGAGGCUGUGGGCGAUCGGCGCGCCCAUCGCCCUGAACAUCAUCUGCCUCUACGGCACCAACUCCACGACGCAGAUCUUCGCGGGCCACAUCGGCAACCUGGAGCUCUCGGCGGUGGCCGUUGGCCUCUCCGUCGUCUCCAACUUCUCCUUCGGCUUCCUCCUCGGGAUGGGCAGCGCGCUGGAGACGCUGUGCGGCCAGGCGUUCGGGGCCGGCCAGGUGUCCAUGCUGGGCGUCUACAUGCAGCGCUCCUGGAUCAUCCUCGCCGCCUCCGCCGCGCUGCUCACGCCGCUCUACGUGUACGCGGCGCCGCUUCUGCGGCUGCUGGGGCAGGACCCGGCCAUGGCCGCCGCCGCGGGGGACUUCACCAUCGCCAUCAUCCCGCAGAUGUUCGCGCUCGCGCUCAACUUCCCCGCGCAGAAGUUCCUGCAGGCGCAGAGCAAGGUGGGCGUGCUGGCGUGGAUCGGCGUCGCCGCGCUGCUGGCCCACGUCGCGCUCCUCGCGCUGUUCGUCACCGCGCUCGGCUGGGGCGUCGCCGGGGCCGCGCUCGCCUACGACUUGUCGUCGUGGCUCACCUCGCUCGCGCAGCUGGCCUACGUCGUGGGGUGGUGCCGGGACGGCUGGACGGGGCUGUCCAGGGCCGCAUUCACCGACCUCUGGGCCUUUGUCAGGCUCUCGCUCGCAUCCGCCGUCAUGCUCUGCCUCGAGAUGUGGUACAUGAUGCUGCUCGUCGUGCUCACCGGACACCUUGACGACGCCGAGAUCGCCGUGGACUCCAUAGCCAUCUGCAUGAACAUCAACGGGUGGGAGGGGAUGCUGUUCAUCGGCCUCAGCGCGGCCAUCAGCGUCCGCGUGUCCAACGAGCUGGGUUCGGGGCGGCCCCGGGCGACCAAGUACGCGGUGGCGGUGGUGCUGGCGCAGUCGCUGGCGUUGGGGCUGCUGGCCAUGGCGCUCGUGCUGGCGACGCGGGGCCAGUUCCCAGCCAUCUUCACGGGCGACAGGCAGCUGCAGAAAGCCGUCUCCAGCAUCGCCUACCUGCUGGCCGUGACCAUGGUUCUCAACAGCAUCCAGCCCGUCAUCUCGGGCGUCGCCGUGGGCGGUGGCUGGCAGGCCGUCGUCGCCUACAUCAACCUCGGCUGCUACUACGCCUUCGGCCUCCCGCUCGGCUUCAUCUUCGGCUACCUCUUCAGAUUCGGGGUCAAGGGCAUCUGGGCGGGCAUGCUCUGCGGGACAGCGUUGCAGACAGCCAUCCUCAGCUACAUAGUCUGGACGACCGACUGGGAAGCAGAGGCGUCGCUGGCGUUGGAGAGAGUCAGAAUAUGGGGCGGCCACCACGAAAAGCUUCCUACCUCUGAUUCAGAACAGGAGGUCGCGGUUGUCUGACGAAGAUCCGGCAAAAGACACUGUUGCUUGCAUUGUAAAUUCCUCCAUGUCCAUCUACUCGGUUAGGAACUUAAUGGCGUAGCUAUACGGAUGGCCACACAACUUAUUGGCGUCAAAGUAGCACUCUUUCUUACCUAUUAGUUUACACAACACCUAGUUGAUCUUAUAAUUAUUAGCAUCACAAUUUGGUGAUGAUUUCUUUUUGUCUUGGGCAUGGCACAAGUUCUCUUAAAUGUCGUUCAUCCG